GGGGGGGAACUGAUGCUAAAGCAUUAAGUGUUCGUUUUGGCCACGAGAAAAUGAGGCUCAGAGAGUGUGCUUUGCCCCUGGUGUACUGAUUCCCAGGGUCUGUGUUCCCGGGGGCCACGGCAUGUGGCAUGAAGAGUUAGCACGGGAACAAAGGGUCUGGACCCGCCUGUCUUAACAGCAGUCUCCUUGCGUCCCCCAACGUAGCUCCUCUCAGCCUCAACCUCGCCAUGGCUUCCGCUGGCCUGCAAAUCCUGGGGAUCAUUCUGACGCUGCUCGGCUUGAACGCCCUGGUGUCCUGUGCCCUGCCCCUGUGGAAGGUGACCGCCUUCAUCGGCAACAGCAUCGUGGUGGCCCAGGUGGUGUGGGAGGGGCUGUGGAUGUCCUGCGUGGUGCAGAGCACGGGCCAGAUGCAGUGCAAGGUGUAUGACUCCCUGCUGGCGCUGCCCCAGGACCUGCAGGCCGCCCGCGCCCUCUGCGUCGUCGCCCUCCUGUUGGCUCUGCUCGGGCUGCUGGUCUACCUCGCGGGAGCCAAGUGUACCACCUGCGUGGAGGACAAGGACUCCAAGGCCCGUCUGGUGCUUGUCUCUGGGAUCAUCUUUGUCAUCUCGGGUGUCCUGACCCUUAUCCCUGUCUGCUGGACCGCCCACACCAUCAUCCGGGACUUCUACAACCCUUUGGUGGCCGAGGCCCAAAAGCGGGAGCUGGGGGCCUCCCUCUACCUGGGCUGGGCAGCCUCUGGUCUUUUAUUGCUGGGGGGGGGGCUGCUGUGCUGCACAUGCCCCUCGGGGGGGGCCCGGGGCUCAAACCAUUACAUGGCCCGAUACUCCGCCUCUGCCGCACAUGGCACCUCUCAGGGUCCCUCCGAAUACCCCGCUAAGAAUUAUGUCUAAUUCCGGUAGGGGAGCGGGGACUCCCUUGACAGCGGAGUCUGACUUCCUGAGCCGGAGACGUGGGGAUGGUGAUCCAGACAGCUUUGGGUGGUUUUUUUAUCUUUUUUUUUGGGGGGGGGGAGCGGGGGGAGUGGUAUUUUUAAAACUCAGUUGGUAACCCGACCAAGAAACUCAGCAUCUCUCUUGGGCUCUGCUGCUGGUGCGUCUCACCUUUGGAUGAUGGAGCCAAGGAGGUGAUGCUUCACAGUUUCUGGAUCUUUCUCCACCCCGGACAUCCCCAUGUCGGAGGCCAACCCGCAGCCGCGGGCCAGCGUGAAGGCUGCCUGCCGUUCAGAUGCUUGCAGCCUGUCCCCAAGAGUCCCUCCUUAGCGGUGGGUCCUCUGAACCCCCAGGGGCUCCUGAGCCUCAGGUAGCCCCCCUUAGAAGAGCGGGCGGUUUAAGUCACCAAAGAACCACCCACCUCCAAGUGUUCCGACCUCUGGCUCCUCUAUCCUGAGUCCUGCCCCAGCUGUGCCCUAGACCACCUUCCCCGCCCCCUCUGGCUCACCUUCAGCCCCUGCACGCUUC